GGCUCCAAAGCCCAUAUGGAGAGGCUGGAAGAGGUAAACAAAGAGAUCGAAACCACCAGUACCUACCAGCUCAAAGACACCGAGCUCAUCUACGGGGCCAAGCAUGCCUGGCGGAAUGCCUCCCGCUGUGUCGGCAGGAUCCAGUGGUCCAAGCUGCAGGUGUUCGAUGCCCGUGAUUGCACGACGGCUCACGGGAUGUUCAACUACAUCUGCAACCACAUCAAGUAUGCCACCAACAAAGGGAACCUCAGGUCGGCCAUCACCAUAUUCCCCCAGAGGACUGAUGGUAAACACGAUUUCCGAGUCUGGAACUCCCAGCUCAUCCGCUAUGCCGGCUACAAGCAGCCUGACGGUUCCAUCCUGGGGGACCCAGCCAGCGUGGAGUUCACAGAGAUCUGCACGCAGCAAGGCUGGAAACCCCCAAGAGGCCGCUUCGAUGUCCUGCCACUCCUGCUCCAGGCCAACGGCAAUGACCCUGAGCUCUUCCAGAUUCCUCCAGAGCUGGUGUUGGAAGUGCCCAUCAGGCACCCCAAGUUUGAGUGGUUCAAGGACCUGGGCCUGAAGUGGUAUGGCCUCCCUGCCGUCUCCAGCAUGCUGCUGGAGAUUGGUGGCCUGGAGUUCAGCGCCUGUCCCUUCAGUGGCUGGUACAUGGGCACAGAGAUUGGUGUCCGUGACUACUGUGACAACUCUCGGUACAACAUCCUGGAGGAAGUGGCCAAGAAGAUGAACUUGGACAUGAGGAAGACAUCGUCCCUGUGGAAGGACCAGGCCCUGGUGGAGAUCAACAUUGCAGUUCUCUACAGCUUCCAGAGUGACAAAGUGACCAUUGUCGACCACCACUCUGCCACCGAGUCCUUCAUUAAGCACAUGGAGAAUGAGUACCGCUGCCGGGGGGGCUGCCCCGCGGACUGGGUGUGGAUCGUGCCCCCCAUGUCUGGGAGCAUCACCCCUGUCUUCCACCAGGAGAUGCUCAACUACCGGCUCACCCCUUCCUUCGAAUACCAGCCUGACCCUUGGAACACCCACGUCUGGAAAGGUACCAACGGGACCCCCACAAAGCGGCGAGCCAUCGGCUUCAAGAAGCUGGCAGAAGCCGUCAAGUUCUCAGCCAAGCUGAUGGGUCAGGCAAUGGCCAAGAGGGUCAAGGCAACCAUCCUUUAUGCCACAGAGACGGGCAAAUCACAGGCCUAUGCCAAAACCUUAUGUGAGAUCUUCAAACACGCCUUUGAUGCCAAGGUGAUGUCCAUGGAGGAAUAUGACAUUGUGCACCUGGAACACGAAACUCUGGUCCUGGUGGUUACCAGCACCUUUGGCAAUGGAGACCCCCCUGAGAAUGGAGAGAAAUUCGGCUGUGCUUUGAUGGAAAUGAGGCACCCCAACUCUGUGCACGAGGAGAGGAAGUACCCGGAACCCUUGCGUUUCUUUCCCCGUAAAGGGCCUUCCAUCCUCAAAGGUGACACAGAAGUCCAUGGUCUGGCUGCAGCCCGUGACAGCCAGCGCAGGAGCUACAAGGUCCGAUUCAAUAGUGUUUCCUCCUAUUCUGAGUCCCGCAAGUCAUCGGGUGACGGGCCGGACCUCAGAGACAACUUUGAGAGUGCCGGGCCCCUGGCGAACGUGAGGUUCUCUGUGUUUGGCCUUGGCUCCCGGGCGUACCCUCACUUCUGUGCCUUUGGACACGCCGUGGACACCCUCCUGGAAGAGUUAGGAGGGGAGAGGAUCCUGAAAAUGAGGGAGGGAGACGAGCUCUGUGGGCAGGAAGAAGCUUUCAGGACCUGGGCAAAGAAAGUCUUUAAGGCAGCCUGUGAUGUGUUCUGCGUGGGAGAUGACGUCAACAUUGAGAAGGCAAACAACUCCCUCAUCAGCAAUGACCGCAGCUGGAAGAGGAACAAGUUCCGCCUCACCUAUGUGGCCGAAGCUCCAGAGCUUGCACAAGGUCUAUCCGAUGUCCACAAAAAGCGGGUCUCAGCCGCUCGACUCCUCAGCCGUCAAAACCUUCAGAGUCCUAAAUCCAGCCGAUCAACCAUCUUCGUGCGUCUCCACACCAAUGGUUACCAGGAGCUGCAGUACUUGCCUGGGGACCACCUGGGCGUGUUCCCCGGCAACCACGAGGACCUCGUGAAUGCCCUGAUCGAGCGGCUGGAGGACGCACCCCCUGUCAACCAGCUGGUGAAGGUGGAGCUGCUGGAGGAGCGGAACACAGCUUUGGGAGUUAUCAGCAACUGGACAGACGAGCACCGCCUCCCGCCCUGCACCAUCUUCCAGGCCUUCAAGUACUACCUGGACAUCACCACGCCGCCGACGCCGCUGCAGCUGCAGCAGUUUGCCUCCCUGGCUACCAGCGAGAAGGAGAAGCAACGGCUGCUGGUCCUCAGCAAGGGUCUGCAGGAGUACGAGGAAUGGAAAUGGGGCAAGAACCCCACCAUCGUGGAGGCUCUGGAAGAGUUCCCGUCCAUCCAGAUGCCCACCACCCUGCUCCUGACCCAGCUGUCGCUGCUGCAGCCUCGCUACUAUUCCAUCAGCUCCUCCCCAGACAUGUACCCUGAUGAGGUGCACCUCACCGUGGCCAUCGUCUCCUACCACACCCGAGACGGAGAAGGACCAAUUCACCACGGCGUGUGCUCCUCCUGGCUCAACCGGAUACAGGCAGAUGAAGUGGUCCCCUGCUUUGUGAGAGGAGCACCCAGCUUCCACCUGCCCCGAAAUCCCCAAGUACCCUGCAUCCUGGUUGGCCCGGGCACCGGCAUUGCCCCUUUCCGAAGCUUCUGGCAGCAGCGGCAAUUUGAUAUCCAGCACAAAGGAAUGAGCCCCUGCCCCAUGAUCCUUGUCUUCGGGUGCCGGCAGUCCAAGAUAGACCACAUCUACAGGGAGGAGACCCUACAGGCCAAGAACAAAGGGGUCUUCAGAGAGCUGUACACGGCCUACUCCCGGGAGCCAGACAGACCAAAGAAGUACGUGCAGGACAUCCUGCAAGAGCAGCUGGCAGAACCCAUGUACCGAGCCCUGAAGGAGCAAGGGGGCCACAUUUACGUCUGCGGAGAUGUCACCAUGGCUGCCGAUGUCCUCAAAGCCAUCCAGCGCAUCAUGACCCAGCAGGGGAAGCUCUCGGUGGAGGACGCUGGCGUGUUCAUCAGCAGGCUGAGGGAUGACAACCGAUACCAUGAGGAUAUUUUCGGGGUCACCCUGCGAACAUACGAAGUGACCAACCGCCUUAGAUCUGAAUCCAUUGCCUUCAUUGAGGACAGCAAAAAAGCCACUGAUGAGUAAGCUGGCUCCAGUCCACGGGUGAGGGGGUUUUCAGUUCCUAAUUGGAUCCUCUUAGCCAGGCGGAUGGCGGGGGGGACGUCGUACGCGCUUGCGCUCCGGCGGGGGCAGCUGCGGUUUUGUAAGCGUGGACACUGCUGACCCUGCCUGCGGGCCCCCACGUGGCCCCACCACCCCUCUCCCGUCGCCGCCGUGUCCUGGUUUCCCCUCCUGGGUUCCCGCCCCUCAGUGGUUUCUCUUGGGUUUUCUCCUUGAGUCUUCCCGCUGCAGUGCGAGGCGUUUAUAAUCCACAGUGGCUCUUCCAAAUCGGUUUCCCCCUUUCUCUCUCCCUGACAAGGGCAAACCGCCAGGGCGGGAAACUGGAACGUGGUUGUCGCUCGUGUCAGAGCUUGUUUUCUGGGGUCCCCCUGGCGAGGCUGCAGGGACUGGACAGAGAGUUUUCUGAGCCAGUCCCUGGGCCACAAAGCCCCCCUCCAUCCUUUCUUAUAAUGAUAUGCUGGUUGUGUGUGGGCACGUGUGACGGGUCUGGGUCUCCAUUUGUCCUCUCGUCUGUGCGAGCAUGUUGCCUGCCUACAGAUCCUUGGUGCCGAGAAACAACCCCAGCCUCCAUUGGUUCCUCACACGUCCAUGAUUACGGGUCUGUGUGCGUGUCCCUGAAACACUUGGAAGCACCCUGAUUGUCCUGGUUAUAGAGGGUCAGGGCACGGAGAACAGGGGUGAUGAUUAUAGGGGAAAUCUCCAACAAAAGGGUGAAUCACAGAAUCAGAUGCACUCAGAUUCUGGCACCAGUUAGCAGAGCCGUUGCUGGGAGAGGAACCCACCUAAUGGAUGGGGCAGACCCCCUCCCCAGCUCCUCCUGCCCCAGGCAGGACUCCUGAUUUGGCCCUGCCCAGGCAAUCCCACCCACGAGACGGGAAGUGAAGCUGUCCUAGGGAGUGUGCUGGAAAUAAGAAUCUUCCCGUCUUUGCUACCAGGUGACUUUGGACACGUCCUUGCCCUCAGUUUCCCCUAGUUAUAAUGUUAUGAAGCUAAAAAGCAUGGACGGGUCAAACAUUAAAGUUGUAGAGACUGGAAACACUAUCAGGGAAAAAUACUGUUAUUUUUUUAUUCCCCCCAAAUGGGGCUUGCUGUUUCACCCUUGGGAAUGGCAUGAUGGAAGCCAGUUAAAGCGAGUCAGGUUGGAGAGGGAAGCCAUAUGAGGUGCCACGUGGCUUCGUCCACAGGACCACAAUCCAGGGUGGGAAGAACCUGGCCCUCAUCCUUUUGGCCUUCUCAAAAUGAUUCCUCUAAAUUUUUAACCUGGUCAAAUAAUUUUGACAAAUAAAUUAUCCUCGAUUCAGAUCCAAAGUGGGCAGUGAGAUCACUGGCAGGAAUCAGAGCCAAUGCAAUUUCUCUUCCCUGGCAGACAACCUGUUGAGUUUCUCCUCUCAGAGUAAAGAAAGGGGAGAGUCCCUUUCUACACAGAAGUGCUAGAAAUCAAUGCAAGCAGCAUCCAGAGAGCGCCAAAAAAUUCCAGUGGCCCCCAGGGGCUGCCCGGAGGAGACUGCCCUGGGACCCCAGGGCUGGAGGGGAAGCAUUCAGCCAGUUGGGUUCUCCUGUUUGUCUUGUCCUACAGAAAUACCACUUUUCCUUUACACUGCACAGUGGGCAUUUCUUUAUAGAUUCUUAGCUUGGGAGCCUGCCAAAAAGACAGUGCCCUGGCCCUCUUUAAGGGGGCCUUAGAUCGGGGGUGCCGAAGAGGCAUCUCCAGGAGAGGACAACCUCUGAAUCACUUACAGUCAAAAGGCAAACUGUAUCUCACCUUCCUCCACCCUCCCUGGUGUCCCAUCCCUGGCAUGCAGAGUUCGACUUCAUGCCUAUCGUGACUUCCCUGCCUUCCUUUAAUCCUUUUUCCUCCUGCUCAGACUUCCACGGUGCAGAGACCAAACACCCGGCACGCUCCGCCAACCCUUUCUAACCUGGGGGGAAGCCUAUUGAAAACCACUUCUUUCCUGCAAACAUGAUAGAUACCACGCCUGGUUGUGUUCCUUCCAGGGGGCUUUCUUGCCAACCCUUUGAGCCUUUUGGAGACACCUGCUAACAUGUCACUAGCUCCCCAGGGACUGAACUGGGGUGUCCAGCCUCCACCAAAGAGGAGUUGAUCAGGGCUUCCCUCUCCAAAUGAAGCUUUAGGCAUGAAUGCUUUUCCAUCACUGAAUAAAUACUUGUGAACACUUUCUAUGUGCUAGCCACCUUCUUCAUAAAUCCCUGACCUUCCAGUAGCAGGCAGGCAGAUAGAAAUGUCAUUUUGUUUUAUCAGAAGUCCAAAGAAAUGAUUAUAUUACCAGGUUUCAUCUUUCUUCCCAAGAAGGAUCUUUUUUUUAUUAAGUCAACACCUUUCAGCCCUCAAUACAAGCUGCUUCAUAACUCCUGGUGAAGAGGCAGGAGAUGGUUCUGAUGUAUUUCUCUCAUUUGCCAGAAUCCCUGAUACCGAAAGCCUGGCUAUAAUGAGCCUAUCAAAAGUCUAGCGUGGAAGGCUGAUUUAAGGUUUAAUUCUGAUUCAGGGUGGGUAAAUGCUGCCCCCUUGUGGUGGCUUUUAGUUCAGUUCCAGUAGCCAUUAAUUGGAAAAUAACGAUUUAACGGUGAGCAACAAGAGGGUUGAAUGGGCACUUGGCGGUUACCCAGGUUGCAGACCUUUAACUUCCCUCUCCCCUUUGAAUUGACAGGAAGUAUUUCCAUCUCCAUUUAACAAAAGUGAGUUUGACCAGGUGGAAUGAGACAUUCCUUGCAAAGAAAAAUGGGAUAGUCUUGCUCUCCUAUCCUCACUAUGAAUCCGAUUCCUGCACCUUGUGUUACAAAAGAACAGUAAACUCCCUAUGAAGAAAGGUUUUUCCUUGAUUUCUACAGAGUGAGACAGCCAGGUAUCCGUCUUUUAAAGGGUUGUUUUCCUUUAAACCCACCAAAAUGGAGUUUUAGAAACAGACCUGAAUCUGAAGGCGAGCUCUGCCUCCAUUUCUGCAGACAGCCAUGGGCUAGCAGCCGAGUCUGCACAUUCACCUGGAUUAAAAAAGUGGAUUGAAGGAGAUAAUGUCCAUAAAAUACACAGUCACAGUACCCAGCCCAUUGUAAGCUAUCGAACUUUAUUUUUUAACUUAAACUAUAAUAUUUCUUGUUUUUCUGGUCUAUGGAGGGCACAGGGAGUGUACAGAGCAAAAUACAGUUCCUCUCUUAUAGAGGGGCAGAAUCUGGGGUGUAGGUACACAAUUCAGAGAAUCGACAUAAACGUCUGAGGGUUGAGAAAUGGGUGGGAUGCCACCAGCGGGUUUAGGGAGAUAAAGUUGCCAGCAAGUAAGAAGAGAAAAAGGAAAGGUGUGCAUGGGGAGCAUGUCGGAUAAAUCAGGGCUGGCUUCAGAUGUCGCUUUGGGAGGCUGAGGAGACGUCAGUGGCAUGCCAAGGAGUUUUGACCCUAUUUGGUAGGCAACAGGGAAUCCUUAAGAAUGUUUUUUAAAAGAGGAAAACAAGGUGAUUUAAGCUUGCAAAGGAAUGUUCUCACUGCAGCACAGAGUACGGACAGCUGGCUUGUUGAACUAUCGGUAGGCUAUUGCAGUAGCCAGGGCUUGAAUGAGGCAAGAGGCAGAUGCGGUGAUAAAGAGAUUCCAGGGAUCAAAUCAACAAGAUCUGGAGCCCCGUCAGCUGUGGAGCAUGAGAACCAACGAGAAAGUCAAGACUCUUGCCUCUAAGCUAGGAAAGGGUUCUUAUGAAAAAAGACAGGCUCAAGGGAAGAUGAAUUUGCAGUGCUGACCGGAGAGCCAGCUUCUCCCCAAGCCAGCGGGGUGAAUCCUUCCAAGGUCCAGCAUGCCUAGGUGCACAGAAAAGAACUGACCAAUGGCCUUCGAACACACAGGAUUUUCUUGCCAAAACACACUGUUGGCAGCCACCUGUUUGAGGCUUCCAAAAGGAGGUUAGGUUUUGCCCUGAGCCCAAAACAAGAGAUAUUUUUCUGGCCUAGAUCAUGAGCAAACAUGGUUCCUGCCAGGAUGUGCAAGCCGGGUAUCUGGGCCCCUUCCCCCCUGCCUACAGCAUCAGCCUCCAUUUUAAUUCAUGUGAUUAGGAAAACCAUGGACUUAAGAUUUUGUUUUAAGCUGGCCAUGUUUGCCUGUAUAUUUCCCUGUCCACCACCAAGCCCUCCAGGAUGUAACCAUGCCCACCUUCCCCACAAAGCCCUUCGUCUGAAUGGGCAAGUUCAUCUGGGACUGCCUGCAGGUAGCAAGGAGAAAGACACAUUCACCUGGCUCCCUAUACUCCCUGCCUUCUCCCAAGCCUUGUAAAGUCUCCUGCAUCCCGAUGUCCUGUGUGGCUCAACAAUUAAACUCAAGAGCUAAGAACCAGGAAAACAGAUUUGAAAGGCUGAGGGAGGGGCCCUGCCCUCCAGGGACUCAACACAGAUGGUCCACAAAUGGGAAUGUGGCCUUCAGGGGCUGACACCAGCCUGGCCUCCCCUCUUUCCCUCAACCCUACCCCAUCCUUGGUCUGUUGCCAGUCCCUGUCUGGUGGCAAAACUGGUGUAUCUCAGACAUGAGGACCCAGGUAAACUUUCACCUCUGGAAAGCAGGUCUGUUUGGAUCUUUUCUCUACUAAUACUUGUCAAAGUGCAAGGGAGGUGGUCAGGAGUAAAUAUGCCUGGGUAUGUGUAUGAGUUUGUUUUGUCCUGGAAUGUCUGAACGGUCCUGAACGAGCAGGGCAUGUGUACCCAGUCCAGGACGCAGCCCGUUCUUAAUGAGGUGGCCCUGGCAGGCAGGAGCAAAGCUUCUGUAAGAUGUUGCUUUCCACAGUCUUCUGGAAAUGACUCCAGGACUUCAAAGUGGCCAGACUUGCCUUCUAAUCUCCAGGAGAGUCUAGUCCAGGGCCUGUCACCCUCACCACUGUUGGCGUGUGGAGCUUAGAAUUCUCUCUGGUGGGGGCUGUCAAGGGCAUUACUGAAUGUGGGCAUCCUGGCUGCCACCCCCUAGAAGCCAGCCGCAGUCCUGCACUGUGACAACCAAAUAUGUCUGUGGACAUUGCCAGAUCCCCGCUGGGGACAACAGAAUCUCUACCAGUUGUGCCGGGACUUCCCAUCAGUGACCUUCUGGAGUCUGCAGAGCAUUCCUCAGCCUGAUGCUUUGUUUCCAUGAUUUGCUGCCAAUCUGAGACUGGAAGGAUUUUGAGGGGGAAUAGAAUUUUGAGGGGGAAUUCACAAACAGAAGGAUGGUUCCAUUUGGGUAAGAUGCUAUGCCCUUGGUGUCCACUCUGGUGCCCCAUGCCCGCCCGUGCCCUACAGAUGCCACCACCCUGUUUUCCUUGUCAUUGUGGAUGUAGACCCACUCCGGGCUCAGCAGUGAUUUUCCAAAAGACAGAAAGAGAGAGAGAGAGAUGGGGGACUGGGGAGGUGGGCAGGGUAGGUGUCCCAUCUUACCACACACGCUGCCAGGACCUCGGACCCCCUACCUCUGAGCUCUUGAUGCUGCUGACCUCUGCCAAGUGUCCCAUGUGCUCCAGCACCUUCCUCAAAGGACUGACGCCCGCCCCACGCUCGCUGCGAGGUUGUCCAGGCUGUGUCCGCCGCAUGCUCUUCUUCUCUAUAGUUCUCAUCUUCUAAUUUGAUGGAAUUCAACAAGUCUACUUAUGCCUGUUUGCAUUAUGGUUACAAUAUUAAAAAGUGGACUCCA